AUGAGCGGCCCUCAAGAUGUACAUGCCAAAACCAUCCAACAAUUAUGGGACAGAGGAAUCCAAACUGCAAAAGAAAUACAAAAACGAACGGGUAUUCCUAGAUCCACAGUAUAUUACAAUAUUUCUAAAUUAAAAAAAACUGGUAGUAUUAGUCACCGAAAUCAUAGUUGUCACCUCCGAAAAAUCUCUUCCCGAAGCUUCAAGUUUUUAGUCAAACAAAUAAAAACUGAACCAUCAAUUUCAGCAAAAGCGCUGACCACAAAACUUUUAAUAAAAGAAGUUCAGGUCUCGCAUGUAACUGUUUGGAAACAUUUGACCGAGCUUGGCUAUAAAAAAAAUCGAGCAGAGAUAACGCCAAUGCUUACAAGUGAACACAUGCAAAAGCGUAUAGCGUGGGCAAAAAAAUAUUGA